GCCAAGGAAGGCUCGGUGCCGCUCCCCUCUGGGAAGGAAAAGAGCUCAGAAACUGUCUUGCAACAGAAAAAAAAUCCAACACUGUGUAGGUGUCCUGUGUGCGUGCUUCUGGGCAUAAUGGAGAACAUAGAGGCAAUCAUCCUAGUGAUCCUGGCUACACACAACCUGGUCCGUCUGCACCUGCACCGCAGUGGCAUUGCUGCCCGGGCCCGGAGAACCAUGCGACGGGUCAUGGCCAACCAUAUUUCCCUGCUACACCAGCUCCUUCCUGAUAUUUGUCCGGACAACGAGACCCGGCUGAUGGUGGAAGAGCUGAAUGCUGGUCCCCAUCGUUUCUGGUCUCGCCAGCUCAGCCAGGACUGGUGGGAACGUGUGGUGCUGGAGACUUGGGACCCCAGCCAGUGGCUCCAGAACUUCCGCAUGACCAAAGACACCUUCCUAGAACUCUGUGAGGAGCUGCGGCCAGAGCUGCAGCGCCAGACCACCACCAUGAGGGCCCCGCUCAGUGUGGAGAAGCGGGUGGGCAUUGCCCUCUGGAAACUGGCCACAACUGAGUGCUACCGGUCCGUGGCCAACCACUUUGGGGUUGGACGGUCCACUGUCGGGGAGGUCUUCAUCGAGGUGUGCCUAGCCAUCGAGAAGUUGCUAUUCAAGAAGGUGGUGGCUCUCAAAGACCCGAAAGAGGUUAUAGAGGGCUUUGCAGAAAUGGGGUUUCCUAACUGCGUGGGAGUUAUGGACAGGACCCACAUCCCCAUCAUAUGCACCGUUCGAAAGGGAACCAGUGUCAGCCAGAAAGGAUUUUUCCCCAUGUCGAUGCAGGGCACUGUGGACCAUAGGGGCCGUUUCAUCGACAUCGAACUCAGCUGGUGUGGAAAAGACAAGGAUACCUCCUUCUUUCAAAACCUAGCUCUUUGUGAGGCAAUGGACCAACAGUCGUUUGUUCCCGGGAACCCUACGAUGACACUUGGUGAUGUGGAGAUCCCCCCGCUGAUCUUGGGCGAUGCAUCCUAUCCUUUGAAGAAGUGGCUCAUGAGGCCUUUCACUGGCAACCUCAGCCCUCGCGAGGAGCAGUUCAAUUCCCGCCUGAGUGACUGCAAGAAGGUGGCUGAACAUGCCUUUGGGCGGCUGAAGGGGCGGUGGAGGUGCUUAGCCACCCGCUUGGAGGUUGCUGAGGAGAACAUUAUCCCUGUGGUGGUGGGCUCCGUUGUGCUCCACAAUAUAUGUGAGAAUCGUGGGCAUGCUUUGCUUGAUGGGCCUUGGGCCCAGGAUGGAGUAUGGGACCAAGCUCCUGAAGGGCACUUGAAAUACCCUACAUCCAUAGAGGAUGCACGAGAUGGGAACUUGGUGCGGGAGGCCCUGGCCAGCUACUUCAUGAGUGAUUCCUAAUUGCCAUGGGCCUUGAUUGAAUCAAGAAUUCCAUCGUUUCAAAUGUGUACUUUAGGUGAAGGCAAACCACUGUUUGUGCUUGGAGAGGAGACACUGGGAAGGUUGCCCACAGGGAUGUGAAGUAAAUUUUACCAUUCUUCAAUUCAGUUAAUCUACCUAAUCUAGUAUCUUUUGAUCCCACCCUUCCUCCAAGGAGUUUGGGUGGCCUACAUGGUCCUUCCCUGAUUUCUGUGUGGUUGUCAUGGCGACUAGUGCCUCUUGGCCUGGCUUGAAGACAAGUGGCAUUUAAAGGUACAGGAGCUGUCCUGCAUAUAGUUUUCCCCUAGUCCAUUGACAAUCCUAUAUGAUUAGCUCCCACUGAACUCCUCCUAGGUGUAGGAAGUAGCAACUGUUUUUCACAGGUUAAAGAAAGGCCUUUGAGGAGGGAAGCACUUACAAAUGGUCAUUUCCUAAUUUUAAA